AUGAGCAUUGACACCUAUUUGGGCGCGCAUAAUAUUGAGGAGGUCAUCCUUUCAUGGAUGCGCGGGAUGUACUUGCAGGCCCGCGAGAUCCGUGAGGACGAUAAUGGGUGGCUGUGCGAUCCUAAUGGUCGACUCGUGCGCCUCGACCGAUAUACUUUCUACCGCUUCGAGCACGACGGGAUUCGCUUCUUUAUUGGGGUCACAAUGCGGUCCGUUGGGCAGCAGCAGCGCAUCGAGAAGAUGUUGGGGGAGCUGAAUGCCAUGGAGAAGCGGGAACAACCACCCUUAUCAUCGACCGACAGGAGUAAAGAUGUUUUGAGCAUCAAUAAGGAAAUAGUGACAGGUCUGAGUACCACGGAUUUGUCGAUUUCCAGGAAAUAG